AAAGGGGAAAAAAGCUUCAUUAUAUUUUUUACAGUCUUUGUGAUGAUUUUUAUUUCCUUCACUCGAGUGUAAAAUUUCUCUCUAACCACGUGCGUUUUAAAUGAUCAAAAGUGGCCAAAACGUAUAUCGUGAAUCUCUCAAAGAGAUUUUAAUAUGCGGUUGUGAUAAUUGUGUGAUUUGAGAUAGAAGGCAUGUGCGCCCGAACUCAUUUUUAUCUACAAUUAUUUAUAUUACACACAGCUGGUUCAAUACAGCAAAAAGCUUUGCCAAGGACACUCUGAAAUCGAGGGCUGCCGAGCUCUGACAUCAGUUUACGAGAUCCUUCUGUAGGAUGAACGGGUGCAUCAAUAUUUAAAUGUAAUUCCAGAGAGACAGGGGCUUCAUUAUGGAUUUAGGCUUGUGUUGUGUAUUUUUUGUCAUUUUCUUUGGUUCUGCGUGGUCUGAUGUCAUUUCCAGCGGCCAAUAUGCGGAUCCAAGCAAAGCAGAAUACCGUGUUACGGACAUUGCCUGCAAUUCUGGAGGCCUAGCCUAUUACAGAAACUUGCUGCGUUCCCGCCAAAGUCAAAGCAGACGACCGAUUCCAUAUAUACCCUCACACCGGAUGUACCCGCGAAACUUCCGGAGACGUCGAGCAGCAACAGCCGACCCAGCCCGUCUUUGGCAACAUGGCGUCAUUCCGUAUGAAAUAGACUCAAACUUCACUGCUUUCCAAAAGGUCAUCUUUAUAUCUGCUAUGCGCCACUGGGAAAAUUAUACUUGCAUCACCUUCGUAGAACGAACAACAGAACCCGAUUUCAUCGUAUUCACAAAAAGACCAUGUGGGUGUUGCUCAUUUGUUGGGAGAGAAUUGCGAGGAGCGCAAGCAAUUUCCAUUGGGAAGAAUUGUGAUAAACUUGGCAUUGUUGUUCAUGAAUUGGGUCAUGUGAUUGGAUUCUGGCACGAACACACGCGCCCGGAUAGAGAUAAAUACAUACAAAUUUUGACACAGAAUAUCCAAGAAAAUCAUGAAAAUAAUUUUGCAAAGAUGUCAACAUCCCAGAUUAACUCACUCGGCGAGGAAUAUGAUUUCUCUAGCAUAAUGCAUUAUGCCAGGAACACAUUUGCAAGAACAACUGACUUAGAUACAAUAAAACCUAUACCACAACAAAACCAAACAGUUCCUGAAAUUGGUCAAAGGCAGCGUCUAAGUAUUGGAGAUAUCAUACAAACUAAUAAGCUCUAUAAAUGUCCAUCUUGUGGAGCUACCCACCUAGAAUCUUCGGGAACCAUAUCGUUUAACUCAACUCGAGGUGUAGUCAAACAGUGUCAGUGGCGGAUAACGGCGGCAUAUGGCGAAGUAAUCAUCCUGAACAUAACCUCACUUGUUACAGUGGACACCUCAGACGUGUGUUCGAACAGCUUUCUCGAAAUUAGAGACGGACACUACAAGAUGUCGCCUUUACUUGGCCGCUAUUGCGGAACAACGGUUCCUCCACCCGUUGAAUCCACAGGGAACAGACUGUGGUUAGAAUUCCACUCAAGUUAUUACCAAGAUUCAGGAUUUGUAGCAAAGUUUGAAGCAAAAUGUGGCGGUUUGAUCAACAAGGAUUCCGGCCAUUUGACCAGCCCUAAUUACCCUGACGAAUACCUUGCUAACAAAAUAUGCGAAUGGGUGAUUACAGUGUCCGAAGGGUAUAAAGUAGCUCUUCAAUUUGAUUAUUUAGAUAUUGAAAACCACGACGACUGUGUAUAUGAUCACUUGGAAGUACGAGAUGGCACCGACAAGAGUGCUCCUAUUUUGGCACUACUUUGUGGAUAUUCUGCACCUAAAGAAAUCUUGUCCACAUCUAACCAAAUUUAUAUAAAAUUCUUUUCUGAUGAUAGUGUAAUGAAAAGAGGAUUUUCCUUGAAAUUUUUUAAAGAAAUUGAUGAGUGUGCUUUGGGGACUCAUGGAUGUGAACAGAUCUGUAUCAAUACUAUGGGAAGCUAUAAAUGCGACUGUAAACUGGGAUUCGAACUUCACUCUGAUGGCAAAAAAUGUGAAGAUGCUUGUGGUGGUUACCUGGAAAAGGCUGCAGGGACAAUCUUCAGUCCUUCUUUUCCGGAUACAUAUCCUCCCUCCAAGACGUGCAUUUGGCAAGUGAUGGCCCCAGACCAGUAUAAGAUCUCACUCAACUUCACUCAUUUUGAUGUUGAAGGAACAAAUCAAGAAUGUGAGUACGAUUAUGUUGAAAUCACCAGUGGAGAUGGCUACAAUAAACCUUAUGGCCGAUUCUGUGGGAAACAGCUUCCGGACACUAUCACAUCCGAGUCCAAUUCACUCCAAAUCAAGUUCAACUCCGACGACUCCGUCCAGAACACUGGUUUCCAGGCAGAAUAUUUCAUUGAUAAGGACGAAUGUGCCAUACGUAAGGGUGGCUGCCAACACCUCUGUAUAAAUACAAUAGGAAGUUACAUGUGCGCAUGUCAUAACGGUUACACACUUCAUGAAAAUAAACAUGAUUGCAAGGAAGACGCUGAAGGUUGUAGACAUUAUCUCCGCAAUCAUAAAGGUGUAGUAGUAAGCCCCUUGUGGCCCAAAUUCUAUCCCAGCAAAUCCAACUGCGAGUGGAACUUUAAGACAGCCCCAGGUCAUCGGGUCAAGGUCACAUUCGAUGAAUUCUCCAUAGAACCCCAUGAUCAAUGUCUUUACGAUUAUAUUGAAGUUUUCACCACACCUACGAAUCUUUUUGGAAAAUUCUGCGGGGGCAUAUCUGAUGUUCCUGCUUACAUCUUAUCGGAGGAAGAGGAGAUGAUCAUUAAAUUCAAAUCAGAUGGAUCGGUCCAAAGAAAAGGAUUUCAAGCGAGCUAUUCUUCGGUCUGUGGAGGGAACCUGAACGCGACCUCAAAGGCGAAGGUCUUUUAUUCCCACGCCAAAUAUGGUGAUCAAAACUACCCCAACAAUGAAAAGUGUCAGUGGAGUAUCCAGGCUUCCCCAGGGGCCAAAGUCAGUCUCGAGUUUACCGUGUUCGAUCUAGAAGAUGGCAAGGAAGAAUGCGGGUACGAUGUUGUUGAAUUGUAUGACGGUAUAAAGGAAAAAUCCAAGCUUUUAGGAGCUUAUUGUGAUGUAGAGAUCCCAGCCAAAACUGUGACGUCAUCGGACACUUUGAUAAUGGUUUUCAAGACUGAUAGCACAGUGGCGUGGAAAGGAUUCGCUGCAGAAUACAAGGAAGUCCCAUAAGUUAUGAUGAUCAAGUCUUGCUUUGUAAAUACGUGUACCCUGAGACACAGUGUGUUUCUGACAUCCAUAAAAAAAACAAUGCCUUUACAUAAGAACAUAUCUUAGCAACACUCACUGCAGGUGUUACUGAAUAUAAUACUUUUUCAGUAUGCCUUUAUGGUGAGACUUGUACUGAUCUCAAUUCAGUCACCACUGAUUCCUAAUUUUGAUUUUUAUUAAAUCUGUAUUUUAAGACAGAAAAGCAGGAAAAUCACUAUUUUUUAAAUUACUGUUUGAACUAUCCUAAAUAUUUGGCAUGUACCACUAAACCUGUUUAGGAUAAGAAACAAAUUUAAACAAAAAUAUUCUUUUUUUGUUAUGUAACAUUAUUUCACAACAAUAACACAAGUAUUUGUAUUAUCACAGAUACAAAAAUGAUAUUUAUAGCUUAACUUUUUUUUUCACUUUUCCACAGAGUACUGAACCAUUUAUUACUUCAACUAAAUAAAUCUUCAGUUAUCGUGGAUUUCUGAAGAUCGUUGUAACUGAAAUCAUUCACUUGCUUAUUUUCAGUAAAUAUCUAAGUGCAA